AUGAGCGGCGGCGUCGUGUGCGAAGUUUGCAAUUCAGUAAGUUUCUUUUAAAAUUCAUAUGUUUUUGAGCGACUACUAGAGUUGUAGUACACAUUUUCAAUUUAUGCAAAACUCUAGUACAGUCAUCACGGCCACUCCCAACCUAUUUUCCUCCAAAUUCCAUUUUUUUUUGUGUUAAUGUGUUAUGCUAUGUUAUGUUAUGCCUAUCUUCAGCCAUUCCGGUCAAAUCACGAAUCCCAUAAAUGGUAACCUAAAUUUGACGCAUCCGAAUGCGAUUCAUUUCUUCGUGACAAGUCAAACUGUCUGCUCUACCUGAUUAAUUGGGGGCCGAUGCCGUAUUUUUUGUCUUCCGAUUGCGCAUUCGCAUCUAAUCCAAAUUAGGAAACGAUCUGAUCCGAUUCAAUCCGUCUACAAUAGAUUUUUCACAAAAUCACCGUCUAGCUACUACUUUUGGCUAAAAAGACAGAAAGACACAUGUCUUCACUAAAUCAGGUAUCACAAUACAACGCGAUUAACUUUUUACACUGAUUCCAAUCAUAUAUAUAUAUAUUCUGCCUGUCAGGGGGAUUUAUUUGGCGCCUUUCACUGAACGAAUGAUGUUGGGGAGGGGAGAACACGAUUGAGAGGGAACAAUGGUGUGGACUGAUUUCAAUUGAUUUCAAUUUUCAGAAGGGGUUAGGUUUUUGUCAUCUUCUUCACAAAGUAUUGUCAAAGUUAUUUGUAGAACUUCUUUCCGCACUAAUCUGUGUGCUACUGUGCGGAAAAAGAGAGCUCUCUCUUUUCGCAGAGUUGCAAAUGUGAAAGUCCAAAGAGUGGGUCCGAAUUUGAUUUUCACUGACUUUGUCCACAUUGCACAAUUUGCAUAUUCAUACUCAUAUUCAUAGUUGUAUAUUAUAUUCAUUUCAAAAUUCGCUUUCUCUUCUCUCGAAACGUAUACAUUUCUCUGAAAAGGUUGGUUAGUCUGUGGUAUUGUUAUUAUGCAGAUAGUUGAGGAAGAGUCCUUUUAUGACAUGCACACGACCCUAUCAGCCGGUCACGUUUGCUGAUAACAACAUCAUUCUGUUUCCCUAUUUACCAGCUGCAACACGCAAAAGUUUCAGAAAAAGAAAUCGUGUCAGCAGUACCAUUUGCUGUAUGAGGAUAAGAUCCAAAUUGUGAAAGAGCUCAACAAUAUUCUGCCGCUGGAGGAGGAAGACAUGUUGCCGAGUGAUGGCUUGGGGUUAUCUCCAACUUCCAGUCGAGCCAACGUUGGCCUCUCUCAGAUUUCGCUUCCACUCGCCUGGAAACCGAAAGGUGAGCCUGUUUUUCUGAUGUUCUGAUUCUCCGAUCACAUUCCAUCGAGCAAGGUGUGGUGGCCACGAUCUCGGCUCUUUUGUUUGAUCUAUGUUCGUACUCGUCGCUUUAUCGCCCCAUGUCGAGUGCCGUCGAGGCGUUUAUUGACAAACAUUUCAGUUUCGAGUUCAUGUUCGACGGCUAGUCUCUCAAUUUAUGAUCACUAAAACCUGAGAUUUUGAGCACAUUGGAAAAGAGAGAGAAAAUAGAAUUGAAGUUCAGGAAAUGGGGUCUCGAUCAGAUUUUCUAGGGAAUUUUUGGAUUUCCCGUCGUUAUUUCGAUAUCGGAAGCAAAUUUUGACUCCGAGAAGAUUUCUGAUUUAAAAAAGAUAUGUUGACCAAAAAAGUUCCGAUUCCAUACGUAAAAACAGAAAAUGUCGACUUUAGGCGAAAUUAUUCAUAUUUAUGUUCAUUUGUUCGACAAAUACUUUGAAACUAUCCGAAUUUCGGAAUAUCCAACGGAAUUUUGGAAACGAACACUUUGAUUCAGAGAAAUCCUGAUCUGAAAUCCAUUAUCAACUUUUUUUCCAGAAACUCGCACCUUCUCCAUGUUCCUAGUGAUUCAAAGCAAAACCCGUGUCAUUGACACCAAAAUCAUUUCACACGUCGACAAAAACAUGACCGAUGUUAUCAUUCCCGACUCUUUUGUAUUGUAAGAAAACCCGUCUCGGAAAAACUAAUUCAAUUCAAAAAUUUUCAGCGACAACGAACCAGAAGACUUCAACGUCGACAUUCUCAUCUAUGCGGCCAGAACGGAUUACGGUCUGGAACACAAUUCGGGCGGGAGUCUCAAAAGCAGAAUCACUCGAUCGAUAGGAAGAAAAUUCGGGGCUAGCGUGGUGAGCCUGAUGAAAUAAGAACUUUUAUGACCGAUUAUUUAGAAAUCGCAGGGUUUGACUCAAGAAAUGGCCAAAGGCCAAAGACUGGACCAAACCAUUUCCGGAGCCCACUACAACCUACUCGCAAAGGCGACACUUUGCAUCACAGACGCGUGUGAAGACGCGACUAUCCACAACUUGAGAAUGAGCGCAUUUGGUAAGUCUAUUUAGAAUAAAGUAUUUAAAACAACGUGAAAUCUAUUCAGCGGACCUCUCCGGACCACCUCUGUAUGGCCACAUCAUCUGCCGUCUCGCAAUUCAGCCGCAUUCAGUGCUCCGUCCGAUUUUGGAAGGUGUUUUGUCCGUUCAGCACAUGGAAGAAGAAGUUGAGCUCGAGAACACUUCUGCCAGAUUGCAGGUCGGCAUUGAAAAACAAGAAAUGAAUUGGAAAUCAGGAUUUCAGGCUGGUAAUUUGCACUUCUAUUCGAUUGGCGACAUUGCCAACAGCUCGAAGAACACUGUGCUGAUUAUUCCGCUGAGUAGUGUGAGCAUUUCCUUAUUUUAUGUACAUAGAAAAUGAAGUAUUAUAUGUUCAGAGAAGCCGUAUAAUCCCGACUUCUUCGGCAAGGACUUUGCUCGUCCGAACUGACGAAUCCGUUGCGGUUCCUGCUUCCACGGUGUACAUUUUCACCAACAGCGAUCGUGAUUAUGAAAUCUGGAGAAGAGCCAUUGAGUUGCAAAUCUACGACAUUGGAAUCUGGGGACGGUUCGCAACCAAGGUAUCCUCUCUUCUCACGCAGAAGAGAGAAGAUCCGAUCAGAGAAACUAUGAGCCGAGGAACUGGUAGCAACCUUUACGAGACAAUUUCUAUUAAAGGUAAGUUAAUCACACAGAGCGCCAGAUAAAAAUAGUUUUUAGGAUCUAUUUCCAAAGCGUUCGGUGGCCUAUCACUUGUCCCUUGCGAUGGACAAGCUAUUCUGAAUGGCGCAGUGACUGCUCCGGUCAAACGUCCGAAUGUCAAGCAGCGAGGAAAGGUCAUUGACUUUUUCCCGGUUCACAAUCCGCAACCAACACGUGGAAUCAUAUCUCCGGAACCGUCGUCCAAAUACGUCAUUCAACUGAACAUUGGCGAUGACGCGGCAGAAAAUGAGUACAAUUCGUACUCUCCACUGUGUAAGGACAAAGUCUAGAUCAUAAGGUCACAGAGAAAUACUAUUAUCAUCCUUCAGAUCGCAUGUCGCCAAGACCUCACUCGAGAAAUAACGCGCGACAUCAUUUCGACGAUCAGUUUAAAGUACGUAUUACUUUACAGAACUUUGAUGACAGAUUUGAUGCUAAUCCGGUUCAGGAUGGCAAGAAGAGUUGGUCAAAGUCGAUUGGUUCCUUAAUCAACCGAAAUGCGACAACUGUUACUCGUCUUUAA